CAUUAAACAUAGACCGCUUUAAACCCUGUUAAGCAGUUGUAAGUCUGAAGGAGAGCGGGUUCGCAGUAUUUGAGGAUUGUCGGGUUGAGUGACGGUAAAUGGACUCAUUCAAGAACAGAAGCGCAGUAGAAGCAAACGAUGUCACCGUUUGUCUCCGACUAGAACUUGUUUGGGGGUUGUAGUCGAUUUUAUUUGAUCGCUGAGCAAUCAAUCAAUCAGCAGCGGAGGUGAAGACGCCGGGGUGCUUUUUGCUCUUCUGUCAUAUAGGCACUUCACAGCUUGUCUGUGUUUUGAGCUCCGGCGGACGCCUCUCCUCCACCCACCUCAAGAUGCACAUGAAUAGCUUAUUAAACCAGUGCACGGAGAUCUCCAGGAUGUGUGAGGUGGACGUUUCGUCUGAGCCCACCAGCCCGACGCUGUAUAGAGAGUCUUCUGAUACAUACUGCCAUGUGGACCGCUGGCAGAAGCUACGCACAGCCGUCCGCAAGCUAGAGUUCUGGGAAAACUUUACACAUGAGCUGAUUGGCAGUGGCUUUUUUUCAAAGGUUUACAAGGUCAUCCACAACACCACACGGAAGGUGAUGGUAGUAAAGAUCUAUAAGAAUGAUGUUGAUCAGGACAGCAUUGUAAGAGAAAUCAGCCUUCUGCAGAAACUCUCACACCCCAACAUAGUGAGGUAUCUGGGUAUUUGUGUCAAAGAGGACAAGCUGUACCCAAUUCUGGAGUACGUCAGUGGAGGAUGUUUAGAGGAGCUGUUGGCCAGGAAAGACAUGCCUCUGUGCUGGAGAGAGAAAGUUGACCUGGCCUCUGACAUCACCAGAGGGAUGAUUUACCUCCACUACAAGAACAUCUAUCACAGAGAUCUGAACUCUAAGAAUUGUCUAAUAAGGGUGACCACGAGGGGCAGAGAAGCGCUCGUGACUGAUUUUGGUCUGGCUCGAGAGGUGGUAGAACUUCCUGCAAAGGACAGGAAGCUUUCACUCGUGGGCUCCGCCUUCUGGAUGGCCCCUGAGAUGCUGCGCGGGGAGCCCUACGACCGCAAGGUGGAUGUGUUCUCUUUUGGAAUUGUUCUGUGUGAAAUUCUGGCUAGGAUCCCAGCAGACCCAGAAAUCCUUCCAAGAACACGGGAUUACGGCCUGGAUGUGUCCGCGUUCAGGAAAAUGGUCAGUGGGUGUCCUCAGCAUCUUUUGGAGCUGGCAGCCAGCUGCUGUCUGAUAGAGGCUUUCCGGAGACCCUCUUUCACAGAGCUUCAAGACGAGUUGGGUGAAAUUGCUGAGACUUUGGAGACUGCUGGCACCGAUCUCACCACAGGCUGAUCUGCGGCACAGCCUCGGGUGUCCCAUCAGCUCUGCAAAUGGACUUAGACUUAAGCACAAUGACAAAUGCAGCAGUACUGCAGAUUUCUUUCUGAGCUGUUUGCAUUGAAAGAGCAAAAGGUCGUUAUUUAUUAUGAACGUUCUGCAAGUAACAGAUGGCCUACACUUCAACUUUAGCACAGCUGUACAUGGUAUACUAUUACUAUAUAUUGCACACAGUAUAUAUAUAUACUAAAAGAAAUGUUGUAUCAGGUUCCAGCUAAAGUCUUUAGCUGUUUGCAGUGUCAUUUACAAAGCUACAGAUUUUCAAACAAAUUGCUAUUUCUGUUUUGCAUAUCUGUUAGAUUUUAAAACAACCCUAAAUUAGGUUCUGAGGCUUAAGAUAAUCAAUAAUAAAAGGACUAAUUUGAGGGUCACAAGUUUGAAAUAACCAAAUAAUAUUUUCAUAGGUUUUAGUAAAUCUAUACAUGAUCAGUAUAAAUUAAAUUGUACACGAAAAAGUAAUUUUAUAAGUAUUUUGGUACCAGUUGCCUGAAAAGGAAAAAAGUGCAUUUGUAUUGCUGACUUAUAUAAGUGAUAUAUUUCAAGAAGUGAAGUGUGUACCUUUCUUUACUUAUAAGCAAUUUGUACAGAAUCAAGCACUCAUCACUUGUGGGUUUGCCUCCACUGUGAGCUGAGCUACUGAUCUUUGGAAAUUCUCCAGAACUCACCAGCCACCACAGGAUGAGGCCCAUUUCCUGCCUUAAAGGGCUUCUGUGUUGCUGUUCUCUAUUGUAGUGCUCUCAUUUGGGCUGAGUGUUUGAGGAACCUUAUCUUUUUUUUUUUCCAUUUGCAACACCCAAACAAAACUUAAGUGUUCAUUCUUAUUUGUCAUGUGUUGUGAAUUUCAGUACUCGUACCAGAAGUGUGAGAUGGUACUAAGCCAACUCCAAUUGACAGUGACAUCAAACACUUGACAUUUCUCUUAAAACAAGUCUUGACAUAAUAUGGUCAUAUGGGCCCUAACUAAAUGAAUGUGCGAUUUGUGUACAAAUCAGAAAAAAAAGAACUCACAUUUUGAAAUCAAUAUACCUAACCAACUUGGCAAUGUUGGAUUGUUUU